CGCUGCGGGAGCCGGAAAUCAGUCCGGCCGCACCGCUGCGGCUAAUAGCGGAGUUGUUGAAGGCAGUACGAAAGAAGAGCAAGGCUUUGUCUUCCUGUAAUUCUGAAGUGAAAAUUGUCAUCAACAAGAAAACUAAACCUUUUAAAAGUAGGCAUUAGUAGUAGAAUGCUGAAACAAACUUCUGGAUUAGCUUCAUUGGCUUUCCUGCUUCUUUUGCAUCCCAAAGCAUAAGCUUAAAUCAUCUCAGAAGGACAAGGUCCGCCAGUUUAUGGCAUUUACCCAGGCUGGUGAAAGGACUGCUAUAUACUGCUUAAUGCAGAAUGAAUGGAAACUAGAAGUGGCAACAGACAACUACUUCCAAAAUCCAGACUUGUACUACAAAGAAUCCAUGAAAAAUUCAGUAGACCGGAAGAAAUUAGAACAAUUGUAUAAUCGAUACAAAGACCCACAAGAUGAAAAUAAGAUUGGCAUUGAUGGUAUUCAACAGUUCUGUGAUGAUUUAAGCCUGGACCCUGCCAGUAUCAGUGUUCUGGUUGUAGCAUGGAAGUUCAGGGCAGCUACUCAAUGUGAAUUCAGUAAAAAGGAAUUUGUAGAUGGCAUGACAGAUUUGGGGUGUGACACCACAGAAAAACUGAAAGCUCUAUUGCCAAGACUGGAACAAGAGCUAAAGGAUCCAAUAAAGUUCAAAGAUUUUUAUCAGUUUACUUUUAACUUUGCUAAAAACCCUGGACAAAAAGGUCUAGAUCUAGAAAUGGCAAUUGCAUAUUGGAAUUUAGUCUUAUCAGGAAGGUUUAAAUUUCUAGAUCUUUGGAAUAAAUUUUUGCUGGAACAUCAUAAAAGAUCAAUCCCAAAAGAUACAUGGAAUCUUCUGUUAGACUUUGGAAAUAUGAUUGCAGAUGAUAUGUCCAACUAUGAUGAGGAAGGAGCAUGGCCGGUUCUUAUAGAUGAUUUUGUGGAAUAUGCACGACCAGUAGUCACAGGAGGAAAGCGUAAAACUUCCUAACCCUAGACUCAUCAGAAUGGACUAAUUGUGCAGUCUGAACUGCAUUAGGUAACAAAGGUUUUUUUUGGCCAAUAACUGUGCACACUGUUGCUGGUUUCAGUGGUCAUGAUGAGACUCCAUAGACAAAACUGAAAUUCCUCCUUUCUGUCUAAAGAAAAUGAUGACUGACUUGUGGACACCUCAAGAACAAACUCAGAAGAUAGUCCAGGCUGUUUGUAGGCUAUUGGCUUCAAUUAUUGUACUGGUUGUAUCAUAUAGGAUGUAGAUUUUGCAUGAUUUUAUACUUUGGAGAAGUUUAACUAGAAGCCAUUUUAUUAAAGUUUUGACAGCACAGCAUGCCAUUCAGUUCAUGAUCCAAAAUGAACACCAGCAGUUACAUGAAUAAAACUGUAUUAUAUUGUACUUAUAUGAAAAGCAGUAUUUGUGGUAUAUAAAUUAAAUCCCUAAAUGAAACUUAUGCAGUAUGUUGUAUUUUUAUAAGACUUAGCUCUGUGUAUCUACCCUAAUACAGAACUGUAACAAGAAACACUUUUUUUUUCACUUGUUGCUGAGAUUUUAAAUUUAUAUUUUUAAGCUCUUAGAUGUACAGACUAAUCACAUCUAGCCUCUUUUUUUUCUUUUCCCUAGUAAGAUUAACUUCCUCAUCACUAUAUUCUUGAAGGUCUUGGACACGUUACAUUAGCGUUGCUGAGGAAGGACUGCUGCCCUACAUUAUGUUGCAAAUCCAACAUUUUUUUAUUAACUAUUUUAAAGUAGACCUUAAACAACCAAAGAUGCUUUUAUAGUUCAUGUUUGAUUAUUGUAAUUCAGUUAGUCUUCAUUUAUGUGUUUUGUUUAUUUUAUUUUAAAUUAUGAAUUGAUAUUUAUUUUUUUAGAUUUUGGUAGCCUGAAACAUAUCAUAAAUUUUAGUUAAAUGCAACAAGUUAUGAAUGCAGGUCCUGACAUGUCCCACAAAAAUAAACAAGAAUAAGCCCAAAGAUUUAUUAUAAAUAGAGUUAGCUCCUGCUUUGGAGAAAUAGGUAGAGGUAAGGAGACUUUAUAUUACUGAUGUUAGCCUCUGGAUGUUUUUGUAAUAGAGUUAUUCAGUAACAUUUAUUAAAAAAAAAUGUAUAUAGAUGCAGUAUUGGAUCGGUUUACAACAAAGCUGAAUUUGUUCAGUCAUUCUUUCUCCUCUUCUAACAGCUAUCUUAUUAUAAAGUGUAUGGGGCUGGUCUCUUCUUUCUCAACAGUGUCUUUCAAUGCCUAAGCACAAGCAAGUUUUAUCAGAAGCUAUUGAGCAUAUUUUCAUGCAGGGCUCUUCUGAACACUACCUCAUCAGAAUGAGUUUGUCAUAGCUGCUAUAAAAGUUUGUUAAAGCAAAGAGUUGUUAAUGAGUAUAUACAGCUAUGAUUAAUAUAUUUUCUGUAAUCAGACUUGAAUUGAUGCAAGAACUUGGGAGAUAAUAGUGCAUUAAGUUAUAUAAUUUAUAUCUAUUUGGAUCACAUCAGAUAAUUUAAGUAUUUCAUGAUAGGAUACUAUUUUAUUUUAUAGUUGUGAGGAUAUGAAAACUUAUAAUGUUCUUCUAAACUCUAAUAUUUAGGGGUCUGUGUAAGCUGUCAGCUUUUAUUUAUGUCAAUGCAACCUACAAGUUUAAAAGAACAUGCGGAGUACAGAAAUACUGCCUUCAUUCUUUCUCCUACUUGAAAGAAUUUUAGUUAUGAAUGAUGCUUGAAAAGUAGAGUGAAGACAGGGCCUGUAUUUUAACAAGUUAGCAAACUUUUUGUGAAUAGUGAUAUAGACAGCAAGUUACAAAUAACCCAUGAAUGAUUUAUUAUUAGUCUAUUUUUUACUCCUCAGGAGUAUUUAAAGUGUUAUGUCUUGCAUGACAGCCACUAGAUGUCAGUGUCUCAGCCUUUAAAUACUUGUCUCUUUUCUGCAUAGAGACAUACUAACUAGUUGUUAGUAUGUAAUAUUAACAAAAAUUAUUACUUAACUACAUCUCUUUAGAAAGACAUUCAUGUAUGUAAGUCCAGGUAUUCUACAGAAGUCAAGUGAAAUUUAAAAAUAAUAAUAAUACUCUGUUUUUAAUGCAUUCCAUUUACCUGCUCUUCCCCAGUGGGAACAAGUAAUUUUCAUCUCUCUCCUGUAAGCUUUGGAGGAUAAGUGUGUAACAUCCAAAAACAUCAGCUGCAUUUAUUCAGCCAAAAGCAAUGGAAUGCUUCUUAUUCAGACAAUUAUGACUUAAAAAUUGUAGGUAUAAUAUAACUGAGCUGAAAUAGUUUAAUCUAUUGGUCUAUUAUGUAGCUGAAUAGUUUGCAUAGCAUAAGAGCUUGUGAAACGUUUGUUCAUGCUGAGAAUGAGAACUCUAUCGAAUCAAGCUAAUAAUGACCCUUUUACCAUUUAAAACAAACAGAAUGUACAAAAUACUCUUUUUUUUUUCUUUCCUUUUAACUGAGGAAGAACUACCUGAGGGCACCAAGGUUGCUGGGCAGCUGCGUCUUGCAUGUAUGUGGGUUUUCUUUCUGUUUUUUUUAUUUGUUUGUUUUUCACUUUGCCCAUGUUACUAUGAGGAAGAAUGUGCUCAGCACUCAUGAUAUUUUCUUUCUAUACACAUACAUUUAUUCACUUGCUCUUAAGCCUUAUUGUAGUGAAGGUGGAAGACACCUUCCAAUAGAAAAAGACUGGUUAAAUUCUCUCUUAAGAUGCAGGUUGCUUCCUAUCAACCGUGCUAUUCCCAGUCUUCUACCGAUUAAAACCACCUAUAUGUUUUAUGUUCCCAUAAACAAUAGUAUGGAAUACCAUUUCCAGGCUCGAGCAGUUGUACGUGUAAAUGCAAAUAACCUGCUUUUAAAUGGUGACUUCCAUAUGUAUUUUCAUACUUGCUGCUAUCCACUGUUCCGCCUUACACGAGACUCUGACUUUGCUUUUAGGUAAGCUAGUAUAGUGGUAACAACUAGGCUGGUAAAUUUAUUAUCAUACAUGGUACAGAAAACUUUGAUUAGGUUUUUCAGUGCUUACAGUGUUAGUUCCUAGAUAUGCUGUAUGUAUUUUUUAAAGUUGGUGCCAACUUGUUUGGUUUUACUUCUUAGAGUAUUUGAAGCUGAGCCAUGGGGUUUGUAUUUGCCAGUUCUAAAUUUAAAUGUAAUUUAUCAUGUAUGCCAUGCCAAGGAGGGCAAAUCUAUAGGUGUUUGCUCACGGAAUGCACUUGAGAGAUUUGCUGCUGAGUAAGCUGUACACAUGUAAACUUUGUGGCAAUUGAAAAAGGAAUAAAUGAACUUUCAACAUAAAGGA